AUGGUAUUCGAUAAUGCAAUUUUUGCAGGAACAUGUGCACAGGACUGUAGAGGAGGUGCAGUAGUUACACUAUUCGGACCAUCCCGUGGAGUUCCUUCACAGGGAUUGAUAUCGGAUGGAAAGAUUCCUUCAUGGAUUCCCAACGGCUAUUAUCUUACUCUACCAGACAGAUCCAACACAAUUUACCCCUCCAAGAGCCUCCACGAUAACGAAGAUUUCGAAAAUUUCGAAAAUCUCAAACCAAGAUUCAUAGUCGUCUCAUACAUCAAUCUCUCGGUUGGUCAAGGUGCUUGA